AUGCCCUCACCUGGACGUUACUGUAACAAAAUUACUAUGCCAACUGUAUUUCUUCCAACAAGUUUUAGUUAUGCAUCGGUAUAUCGCAACUACGUACAGGCUUGUAAAGAUAAGUAUAGUAAGGAUGCUCGUAUUUUGGCUAAAUCAACCUUUAUUAAUAUUUGGAAAUCAUUAAUGCCGUCACUUCAAUUUAUAUUCUCAAAAACUGAUUUAUGUGAAACAUCACAAAAAGAACAUGACUACUAUAAUACUAACAUUAUAAAUGCAGUUGAAGAUAGCAAACACAAUCCAAAUGUCAAUACUGUAGAAGAUUUAGUCUCAAUUGUUAAUCGUUUUACAAGAAUUAAUUUUAACGUUGCUCAACGUUAUCUUAAUGGAGAAGGCUUUCAAUAUUAUGAUUUUAAAAAUUACUUUCAAGCAUUCAAAAAAUUACCUCAUAUUCAAAAGUACCAUCAUUUUUAUUUUACUUCGCAACACCCUGUAAUCGUCUUUUUUAAAGAUGAUCUUCAAGAUAAUUAUAAAAGUUUUACAAUUCGUCCUUUUUCUUUUAAUGCCGAUACCCCACUCCCUAUAAUUGAUGCCAAACCACUUUCUUAA